AAGAAACAGCCCUUGAUGAUGCCACACUUGUGGUGAAAUGUACAUAGAGCGUUAACUUAUAAAUUCAUCAAUAACCUGGCAAUCAAAAGAUUUAUGAUGAUAAUGGUUUUGACGUCACGCCUCGACCACUGAUACUUGGUCCACAGCGACUGCCGAGAAAACCUUCAGUCAAAAGCAAGUUUGAUGAAAGCGAAGCUGGAAGCAGACAAGGAAAGAAAAUGAGCAAAGAUGGGACGACAUAUCUUAAGAAGUCUGUUACCAUUACUGAAGUUGUUGAAAAGGAUUACCUGAAAGAACUUGAAAUAGUAAAAGAAAAUCUAAGGACAUGCAAGUUGGAAACGGAAGAAGCAGUAGUAAAACCGGAAACAGUUACGUUGUAUCUGGAAGAGUCAAACCACCAUUGGCACCUAUACAUGCCAAGUACAAACACUGUCAAAACAGAGGAGGUGGAGACCCAGACCGAAGUUCCAGCUGUACGCAGAUAUAGACUUGACACAGCUGCACAGACCUACAACCCUGUUAGCAAGAAGAAAGUGUCUCAAACUGCCCCCAUAGAGAUGUCUACAAGCUGUGUGUUUGCAUCAGAGUGGGAUCUUUACGACACUUACCGUCGUCUGUCUUAUGAGGAUGAGGAAAUGGAGUUGUACUCCCAAGAUUUCCUCUAUGGAGAUGAUGGGGAAACAGGAGAUGUCCACAGACCAUCUGUUACAUCAGAGAGCACAAUAAGCCAAGGCAAUGAGCCAAUCAUAGCGUCACGCAGAGCUAACCUGCAAGCUCUGCGUGUCAUGCAACUGCCGGAGUUCCAGUAUGCAGUAACCGUCGCAGAACGAUUGUUGGCUUCCAACAGCUUCCACGGACAGCAAGUCUUGUUCAUGGGAGCAGGGAGUGGCUCGCAAGAGUUAUCCACCGGGUUCCAUUACAUUAUGAAUGAGCUAUGGGCAUUUUCUUAUGAAGGCACGAAAAAUAGAAUAGUAAAUGCUGUAUCAUGGAAUACUGCUAACAUAAACGUGGUUGCGGUGGGGUAUGGCUACGUUCGAGGGUCCGAGGAAGAUGACGGUCUAGUUUGUUGUUGGUCAGUGAAGAAUCCGAGUCAGCCAGAGCGAAUGUUUCCGAUGAAAAGUUCUGUGACUACUUUGAGCUUCAGCCACACUCAACCUAACCUCCUGGCUCUGGGCUGCUACAAUGGGGCAAUAAUUGUACUGGACAUUGCCUCCACAAACGGGAACAAGCUAGUUCUUAAUGGGGAGGAGGGAUGCUUGCGUUAUGGUCCUGUGGGGAACUUACAAUGGUUCUUUUAUACUGACUUUGUUGCUCAAACUGAAGAGAUUAUAUCUGUUGGGAAAAGUGGAAGAGUUUACAAAUGGAAUUAUUUAGAAAGCUACCGCUCUUAUGAAAUAAUGAAGUUAAGUUAUUUUCUACCAAGCAAAAAGGCCACAACCCCUAAAACAAAAUCAGCCAACAAAAUAACACUCAAGUUUUUAAAUGGACUCUCUGUUUCUUUACACCCGAAAAAUAAAAUGAUAUACUAUAUAAGCACACAGGAAGGAAGUGUAGUGAAGUGUACAAUGAACCACCAAGACAGGUUCGAAGAUAUUUUCCCUGCUCAUGCUGGACCAAUAUACGGCAUUCUACAUUCACCGUUCUCUUCCAAAAUAUUCUGUACCUAUGGUUCAGAUUGGUACAUAUGUAUAUGGGCUGAAGAUCUUAGGGAACCCUUACUAAAACUUUACUACACCAAGCACCCAGUCCUAGGUGUAUCGUGGUCCCCCGUCCACUCGACCAUUCUCGCGAGUAUCAGUGGAAGUACUCUGUCCAUGUGGGACCUCGCCAGGAAAACUAUCAUCCCCAUAUCAACAGUCAAAUCUUCUACUGGCUGUGUCUUCUCUAGCCUGCAAUUUUCCACAACUGGCAAAAAUAUUUUAGUUGGAGAUGUUGUUGGUGAUGUAUUCAUCUUCAAUCUGGUUGACAUGCCUUAUCCACCAUUCUUACAGGAAGAAGCUCUACUAAGAGCUCUUGCAAAUGCCAUGGUAUCCAAGCCUAGGGAACGCAGCUACCUUGAAAGCCUUUUGAAGCAUCGAUAAUGCAUAUUUAUUGAAAAUUUAUUCUUCUCUUCCAUCAUUCAAGGAGAACUUUCAAUAUAAUAUUAAAAGGCAAGAGUUAAGUCGGCUAGGUUCAACUAGCCUAAAACUUUGCAGUCUCCUAAGCAUGAUAAUAAAGAAAUAUGUAAAUUAUAUCUCAAAUAAUAAAAAAAACAU